ACAGCGUUCCUGUUUCCGGUUCAUUCGGCUGUGCGCAGUAGUUGCUAGUCACAGGAGCCACAAUGGCGUUUGUAGUCUCCUUCAGAUAGGGCUGUGGAUGAUAUUAAAUCCACUAGCAUCGCCCUAAAUAUAGGCCUGGUUGAUUCCCAGAGCCAUUGAUAAUAAACUGGAACAUCUACUGCACACGAAAAUACUAUGAUUUCUAAUCAUCAUUGACUUUAUAGGGGAUAAAACUUACAUUAAAGGGAACAUGUAAACAGUACCAACCGGGUCAAGUUUUCAUUUUGUUCGAGAAACGAGCGUCUUUUAAUGAAGGCAUUUGCUUGUUUCUGAAUGCUAAGACCGUAAUUCUGUGGAAUAAAAGCACCUUUACUUAACUUGGCACUGGACAAGGACACCUUUCACAAAGGGACUUUUUUCUUUUUCACGAGUCAGCUCGCUAGCCGCCGAGCAUUAGCUAGCGGUGCUAGCUAAAUUGAGACGGAGACGACACCACAAUGCUCCGGUGUUUGGUUGGGACCUUUUUCAUUAACUGACGAAUUCAAAGUACAUACUCUACAGCACUGGAAACCCAGCGUGGCAUUUUUUCUGCUUUGACGAACUAUGUUGGCGAUCUCAAUGGAAUGAAUUGGCUCUGAGGAGGACUGGACGUGAGCGGCCUGGUGUGUUUAUUUUGUGUAUUUUCCUAACGUUACUCUGUUUCUGCUUAGUAACAUUUUGCUCUGGCAUUUGGAGUAGCUACUGUUUUCCUGUGAAUGAAUUGCCUGGACCUCCGAGGCCCAGCCGCAGGAGAGGUACCGACGCCGGCGUGAGGGAUGCCUGGGUCGGACCGACACCAUGGGACCAAGAGGAAGCCGGAAUCUAGCAACAGUGGUAUGCCACACCAGACCCAGGCCCCGAGUCAUACCUCUGCGGGAGACAAGACGAGCAAAGACGGUAAAGUGCAGUUAAAAUCUUCAAUGUCCUCUUCGUCUUCUAAGCGUAAACGGCAUAAAUCAACCAAACAUAAUCGAGAAUCCUCGGCGGCACUGGGCCCCGAAUAUUUUACCCUCGGCGAUUCGGCGCCACCUGGUGUAAACACGGUGAAGCCUCUGGUGGAGUACGAUGAUAUCAGCUCGGACUCGGACACUUUCUCCGACCCACCGUCCUCCAGGCCCUCAGAGAGGGGGGGUGGGGACCGACUGGAGCCAUCACCAGACUACGACAGGGACGAUAUCGACAGAGAGGCCGGCGGGAGAGAGAACAAGGGGCACAGGCACUCCCGCAAAAAGUCCAAGGACCCCAACAAAGUUAGAGACGCAGGGAAUGGAGAACGUGGGUUCAAGAAGAAGAGCAGCAAAGACUGUGAGAAAGGGACGGCUGGAAAGAGCAAGGAGAAGGCUACCCCAUCAGGCCAAUCAUCCAAGGUCCAGCCGGAGGCCGACCCUAAACGUGGGGAGCUUAUGCUCUCCUCACAGGUACAGCCUGCAGCCAGUGUAGGUAGCACUACUUCCUCCACGUCUUCAUCUCGCAGCAAGGAGAGCAGCCGCUCAGGGAAGUCUCGCAAAGACCGGCAGCAGCGGAGGGACGGCCGAGGUGAGUGCGGUCGCAGCUCCUCUCAAAGGAGCCGAACUGACAGGAGCCACCGCAGGUCCUCCAAGAGCCACAAGUCGAGCCCUAAAGGCAAGUCUUCAAGUAGAGGUAGCCCCCGCAGGAAAGGCACCAGCUCAACCCUCUCGCCCAGUCCCAGAAGAGGAGCUGGCAGCGAGAGUCCACAGGGCAGUGGGUGCGGGCAGCAGGGGGAUGACAGCUACGCCAGGCGGAGGGCGGCCCAGCAGAGCCCCAGUCCCUAUGGGGACAUGUCUCGCCGCAGCAGACAGAGAUCAGACAGCCCCUAUGGUAGCAGACACAGGUCCUCCAGCUACGAGCGGGACAGCAGCCCUUACUCGAGGAGACGCUCCAUCAGCCCCUAUGGGAACCGCAGGUCCUCCAGCACCAGCCCUAUGUCUCGACGCUCUGGCCGUUCCAGGAGUCGCUCCCCUCUGCACUACUCAUCUUCUCGCCGCUCCUCCUCUCGUUCCCGUAACAAGAGGCAUACUUCCUCUAGUGUAGCUGGGGGCAGCUCCCACAGCAGCCGGCCAGCUAGCCGCUCCCCUCCUUCCUCUCGCCUGCCACUUAACUCCAGCCUUGGAGCAGAGCUGACCCGAAGGAAGAAGGAACGCCAGGCUGCUGAGGCAGCUGCUCGUGCCAGUGGCGGUAAUUCUCCUCCACCGGCCCGUAAAUCUGCUGGUUCCUCUGCACGGCCCGCUAAAGCUGAGGCCCCACAGCCAGAAAGAGACUCUGCAGCAGUAGCAGAACCUCCACCCCCUCCACCUGUACUGUUACCCCAGGAUGCUCCCAGUGGUGAAGAUCAGGUUUCUGCACCUCUGCCUGCCUCUUCCAUGUCUUCUCCGACACCACCUCCUCCUCAGCCCUCUCCUUCUGUGCCACCCGGUCCAGCCGCCCAGGUUCCACCGCCGCCACCUCAGGCAGAAUUUGUUGUUCAGCCUCCUAUACCCUCAAACACAACACAUGCCAAGUCGCCAGCUCUGCUUCCUACGCGUAGCCCCGUCCGCCAGACCCCGCUUCACAAGACAUCGACUCUGCCUCCCCUGCCUUUACCACCUGCACUGCUGGGAAAUGCUCAGGACAGUCCAAAGAAGUCCACCCCACCUCAGAGGUCAUCUAGAAAAGAGAAGGAAAUUCGCAGUCGGACAUCGAUUAUUGACCUUCCUUUACCGCCCACCCUGACCGGAGUUGACUCUUCACCCCCGCAGUCCCCCAUCCGCCAGGCUCCGUCGCCACCGCAGCCAGCCCUUAAGAAGAGACCAAAGAUUUGCUGUCCACGAUAUGGCGAGCGCAAACAUAACCUGAGUGACUGGGGUAAACGCUGUGUAGAUAAAUUUGAUAUAAUCGGCAUCAUAGGUGAAGGCACCUAUGGCCAAGUGUACAAGGCUAAGGACAAAGACACAGGUGAACUAGUGGCUCUGAAGAAAGUGCGUUUAGACAAUGAAAAGGAGGGUUUCCCCAUCACAGCCAUUAGAGAGAUCAAGAUAUUGCGGCAGCUCAAACACCGCAGUGUUGUCAAUAUGAAGGAGAUUGUCACCGACAAGCAGGAUGCGUUAGACUUUAAAAAGGACAAAGGUGCUUUUUACCUGGUGUUUGAAUACAUGGACCAUGACUUGAUGGGCCUGCUGGAGUCAGGCCUGGUCCAGUUCUCCCAUGAGCACAUUCGCAGCUUCAUGCGCCAGCUGAUGGAGGGUCUGGACUACUGCCAUAAGAACAACUUCCUUCAUAGAGAUAUCAAAUGCUCCAACAUACUGCUCAACAACAGAGGUCAGAUCAAACUGGCUGACUUUGGUUUGGCCCGGCUUUACAAUUCAGAGGAAAGUCGGCCGUACACUAACAAAGUAAUCACACUAUGGUACCGCCCCCCUGAACUCCUGCUGGGAGAGGAGAGAUACUCUCCAGCCAUUGAUGUAUGGAGCUGUGGGUGUAUUUUGGGAGAGCUCUUUACCAAGAGGCCUAUAUUCCAGGCUAACCAGGAGCUUCUACAGUUGGAGCUUAUCAGCCGUCUGUGUGGGAGUCCUUGUCCUGCAGUCUGGCCUGAUGUCAUUAAACUUCCUCUCUUCAACUCCAUGAAACCCAAGAAGCAGUACAGACGUCGGCUGCGGGAAGAAUUUGCUGUUUUACCUGCUCCUGCUCUGGACUUGCUGGACAGAAUGCUGACCCUCGAUCCUGCACGACGCUGUACUGCUGAGCACGCUCUCAACAGUGACUUCCUGUGUGACGUCGAGCCCAGCAGGAUGCAGCCGCCAGAUCUUCCUCACCACCAGGACUGCCAUGAGCUGUGGAGUAAAAAGAGGCGGCGAGCACGUCAGAGUGGGGUGCCCGAGGAUGUGCCUGUUCCAAAAGUGCCCCGUAAGGAAGUGACAGGGACCUCAAGUGGAGAGAACAGCCGGCCCCAAACCAGCCCAGCUGGAGCCCCACCUCCUCCACCAGGAAAACCGCCUUCCACAGCCAACUUAGAGCGUGAGUUGUCAGGCCUGGGAGUUGCUGCAGAACAGUUGAACCAGGCAGAGUUGGCGGUGCUGCUGAACCUCCUCCAAGGACAGACGGACCUCAGCCUUCCCCAGGUUGCCCAGCUCCUCAACCUCUCCAACCCAGAGACUCUCAGCCAGUCGUUGUCUGCCCUCAGUGAGGCCUCUGACCACCAGGGGGCUUCAGACGACCAGGCCCAGUCCGCUCCCAGGUCUCAGCCCCCAGAGCCGCCUCCUGAACCCCAGGAACUCUCACCGACACCUGGAGAGCCGCCACUUAGCCAGGAAGACCAGGCCAACCUGCUGGCUCUCAUUUUAGGCCACAUCAUGAAGCCCCAAACUGAGGAGCAAGGCGAUGAGAGCAAUGGCGUCCAAUCAGAGGAGGCACUCACACGCGAUUCGUCCGCCUCUACUACUGAUCGCAAGGAUGGUGUAGCGUCAAAAAGAAAACAACUUGGGGACAAACAGGUGCCCCCAUCUGGUGAGCAGCGUCCACCCUCUCCACCGGGACCACCUCCUUCAGCUCUCCUCCUAGGAAACGCCCAGCAGGCCGGGUCUGAAACCCAACCCAACCAGGACAUUAGCCCUGCCGUGGCAGCCGCCUUGCUCCAGCUCAUCUCUCAGCAGGACUCGGAAACUGGGGCCCCUCAGCGCAGCAAGAACCCCUCUCCUGCUGUGGAUGCUCCUGCCCGAGGACAGCCCCCUCCACCUUGGGUUGCAGACUCCCCACCUAAACCCUCAGCUGCUGCUGAGGCCCCAGCAGGACUGGUGACUGCUGCCUCCACCACUGCAGCACAGUUCCCGAAGGAUCAGGACCUCCGCUUUUCCCACGGAGCUGCCCGCUGACCCCCAAUCCCCAGAGACAGACCUAGGUAUCGUGGGGUGGCUCAACCUUCCUGGCCUGAAGGGAGAGGUAGAGGAAGAAAGCAGAGGAACACCUGCAGAUUAGGACUCACUGGACCAUGAGCAGGUAGCUAAAGAUGAAUCAAAGAGAUUGAAAAUGAAUGUCUGAAAGAAAGAGAUUAAGGGCCUUUUCAGGUCAUGAACAUCACUAUCCACUGAACAAGCUGUCGUGUCCUCCUGGAUGGAGUGUUUGGACCUUUGACAGUCCAGUUAGGGACGGUCACCACCUGCAAUCCCUUGCUCCUUCCUGUUGAUUGAAGGUCCUGACUUGAAUGAAGUUUAGCUCCCAAAUUGAGUGCCAGCAACUGAAGCUCAAUUUAGAAAGCUGCUGUGAUCUCUUCUUUCCAAAACAAACGAUUGUCAUGUCCACUGCAGUGCCCACUUCUAAUUAUCAGUGUUUUGGAGAAUGAUGUCCUCCACUCUGUCAUGGAGAGGAGGUGGAAGAUUACCUGAAUUUAAUAUUUUGUGUGUGGGUAUAUUUGAGGCAAUGAGUUCACUGAUAAGAACACUACAGGAUCGUUAGUUUCUUAUUAAACCUUCCAUGCUGGUUAGUCCCCCCUGUUUUCAGCCUUGUGCCUCUUUUGUGACUCCAGCGACCCCUGAAUGAUCUUGUGGGUUAAGUUUUUGUUUUGGAUUACACCUACAACAGUGUACAUCUGAUGGACUGAAUUUUCUUAAUUUCACCCAAAGGCUGUUCCAUAUUCUGUCUGUCAGCCCAACGGAACUGCGAUGUGCUAUCGACCCACACGAAGGUUUUCCUUCCUUUACAUAAAGCAAAUCUCUGUGUCGUAACAAGCCUAAGGCUGUAUUGCUCACUUUCCUGUCUCAAAUAUGGAUUAACACUACGUUAUGAUCAACUGCUCCAUAAUCCCCAUGCUAUUCUGCUAGUUCAAUAUAAGGCUCAAACAUAUACACAAUCUGAUACUGACUUUUCUGGCUUUUUCUGGUGGGCUCUCAAAGCCUCGUCUAACGUCUUCGCCUCCCUGCUAACUCGUGCAACAAGAGCUUUUUCUUUGUUUUUGGUGCAGUUAUUUUCUACAUAAAGAAAAUGAUACACGCUUGAAAAAAAAAAUAUGGUCCAUGGUUCUGUUUCCAUUUUUUGCUUUGGGAAAGGGAGAGGAGAAAAUGGUUUAAUGUGUCUGUAAAAAGGAAAAAAAAUAUUUUGUAAUAUGUGUUUUUCUUGGUUCAGUUUAUUAAAGGAAGUUAUGCGACCAGUU